CGGGAUGUAAACGCGCAUGCGCCAAACGCACGCAAGGCUGAGGAGGUCUCUGGCGCGCGCAUACGGGCGCAUGCGCAGAAGCCGCCGGUUGGGGCCGGUGGACGAGAGGCGACGACGGGAGGCUUGUGCUUACAAAGGACAUAUUUGGCGGGAAAGAUGAAGUAGAGUUGAGGUCCUGUCUUCCACUGAAUCUUGCAGGGAGGAUCUCUGCUCUGGCUGUGCCUGUUAAAUAUCGCUCUAAUCAUGGCCAAAGCAGAAGACUGAGAGAGUCUUGACUGCUAAGCCAUAGGAUUUUAGUCCGUUCUUUGAUGAAAAUGGCAGCCAACAACGCAGUUUUGAACAGGCUGGAGCAGAAGGGUGCAGAGGCAGAUCAAGUUAUUGAAUACCUCAAGCAACAAGUUGCUCUUCUAAAGGAAAAAGCUAUCUUACAGGCAUCUCUGAGGGAAGAGAAGAAACUUCGAGUUGAAAAUGCUAAACUGAAGAAAGAAAUUGAGGUGCUAAAACAAGAAUUGAUCCAGGCAGAAAUUCGAAAUGGAGUGAAACAAGUCUCAGUACCAAGCAGUGAAACACUGUCUACAGUGUCAUUUUCAGACAGUUUUUCUCAAGUAGCAUCUGCUGCAGUAACACCAUCUGUUCCCAAGGACCAACCAAAAGGAACAAAUGAAGAAAAGAAGAAAAAAGACAAAACAGAGAAGAAAGUAGGAGAAAAGAAAGAGAAGAAACAACCGUCAGCAACAAAUGAUGACUCAAAGCCUUUGGAUGUUUCCCGGCUUGAUCUUCGUAUUGGUUGCAUUACUACAGCAAAGAAACACCCUGAUGCUGAUACUUUAUAUAUUGAGGAAGUUGAUGUUGGAGAAGCAAAUCCUAGAACUGUUGUCAGUGGUCUAGUGAAACAUGUUCCUUUAGAAGAGAUACAAAACCGGAUGGCAAUAUUUCUCUGCAACCUCAAGCCAGUAAAAAUGAGAGGAGUGCUGUCCCAGGCAAUGCUGAUGUGUGCUAGCACGCCAGAAAAGGUGGAAAUUCUAGUUCCUCCUAGUGGAGUUGUUCCGGGAGACAGAAUUACAUUUGAAGGUUUUCCUGGUGAACCCGAGAAAGAACUUAAUCCCAAGAAGAAAAUGUGGGAGCAGAUACAGCCUGAUCUUCAUACCAAUGAUGAGUGUGUUGCUAUGUAUAAAGGAGUGCCAUUUGAAGUGAAGGGGAAGGGUGUGUGCAAGGCUCCUACCAUGGCCAACAGUGGAAUCAAAUAAACUCAAUCAGUCAUGGAACAGCUGGAGGGUCAUUUUUAGUGAAAAACAACUAAAAAUAAAUAUUGCCUCACUUCAAA